AUUCAAAAUGGCGCUUCACUCAGCUCAAAAAGGACGACUGAUUGCUGUCAUUGGAGAUGAGGAUACAUGUACAGGUUUUGUAUUAGGUGGUAUUGGUGAAAUUGACAAAAACAGAAGACCAAAUUUUUUAGUUGUGGAUAAAAAUACCAGUGUACCAGAAAUUGAAGAUGUAUUUAAAUCAUUUGUAAGCAGAGAUGAUAUAGCUAUUAUACUAAUUAAUCAGUCUUUUGCUGAGAUGAUACGCCAUGCUAUAGAUAAACAUACAGAACCUAUUCCAGCUGUAUUAGAAAUCCCUAGUAAAGAGGCACCUUAUGAUGCUUCUAAAGAUUCCAUAUUACGAAGAGCUAAGGGAAUGUUCUCAGCUGAAGAUUUUAGAUAAAAGGAUUGAAGUCACUAGUCAAUAAUUCCUCCCUGAUCUGAUGAACAGAUACAUAUAUUAACAUAUAUUAACAUAUUUAUUAUUUAUAUUCUUAAAGAUAUGUUUCCCCAAAUUACAGUUUUAUUUUUUUUUUUUUGUCCUUAACAUGAUGAAUCAAAAUUAUACAUUAAGACUGGAUUGACCCUUCAGAACAACAUAAUGAGACACCAUGGAAUUGUCAAACUUGUCAAAUUAUAUUAUAAUUGUCAAAUGAAUUGCAUUGAGUUAUCUUUGACAUUAUUGACUGUGUCAAACAAAUUAUUUUAUGCAUUAUCCAUCUCAUUAUUUGCUAUCAUGUUGUAGAGCUCUGCAUUUAUAGCACAAGUCAAGUGUAGUCAAACUAAAGUGAACAACACCUGGGGAACCAUGACUUUAAAAACCUAAUUAGAAUAUUAUACUAUUAUUAUGAGCAAUAUAAACUUAGUCAAGUUUACACCUUACCUUGAGGUUAUAUUAUACAGUCGAUUAGGCAAUCUAGAUAAAUCUUUUAUUUUAUGUUAGUUACGGUUUAUUUUUAUAGGUAUCACAAGAUUUUUAGUUGGUCGAACUUUUUACCAAGUUUCUAUUUCCUGAUGUCUAUUGUCAGUAGUGAUCUCUCUUAAUAGAUAUUUGGGAGAAACUUAAUGAAAUGAAAAGCUAAUAAAUGGGAUUUAAAAUUUUCAAAUGAAUCAUUCCAUUUCAACUUAAAGGGCAGGUGAACCAUUUUUUUUAGCCAAUCAUACAUUAGUCUCAAAAACAGGAUUUUUUUUUUAGCUUAGUCAAUCAAUAACAGUGUUCACAGCUCACUGUUGAAAUUUGAGUCUUCAAAUCCAUUUGUGUCCAGAAUUAUCCAUGUUUGAAUGUUAAAAUGACGACUCAAUUUAAGAUACUCUGUCAUAUAUAGAAAAGACAUAUAUGGAAAUAAUGAGUAAAAUUCCUAGUUUGUAGUAUUUUUGAAGGAAUUAUGAGAUUCUUUAACAUUUCUGGCACUUCUGAAGAUUAUUUACAAUACUAAAAUCAACCUCAUCUCGUUUUUGUGUGAUUAUCCUAACUCUUAGUUAGUUUACAAUCAAAGAAAAAUAUAAAUGUUUUUGUUUAGUGUUAUUCUGAAAAUCUAUAUAAAAAUUUAGAUCUAUCACUUGAUUGAAUACUUUUCAGUCAAAUAAACAACACUUGGGUCUAUAAUAUACUGGUGUAUUAGUUUUCAAUAUAAAGCUAUAUAGUUCCUUAUAAUUAUAUCAUAUUAAAGCCCUCUUUCCCACCAACAAAUAUUUGGGGUAUUAUAUUGUACUGUUUUACUAUCUAAUUACUAUGGUAAUUUAUAAAUAUUCAAUAUAAAAAAUGGUUUGAAGGUAAAAUCUACCAAAGUCAACUCUAUUCACUUGAAAUACAUAAUUUUAGAUCAAAGUCUAAAAACACAAUGAAUUUCAAAAGGCUCUAUAUCUGGUUAUUUUUCUGUAUUUGGUUGGGUUAGCCAAAAUAAUUUAAGCAAUUUGAGGCUAAGUUAAUUUUCAUCAUUCUUUUAGAAUAUUGUUGUGAAUGAACAAAUGUGAAAUUGUUAAUCUUUAUUAUCUAGAUGAAUAAAAGAAUGAAUGAUCUUGGUU